AUGUCGGGUCGCAGCGCCUACGCUCGGAAAAAGGCCACUGAACGCACACCAGCGCGGGCCAGGUCCAAUGCCAGUUCCGACAAUGCUACGACCGGCGGGCUGGGCGAGCUGGUCGGUGGACCGGUUCCUCGCCAAGAUCGAGCCCGGUACCGGGAGAUGGAUGCUGCAGGCACCAAGACGGCAAACGCGCGCCCCCGGGACUUAACGGGACUUCCCGAGAUGGAUGAUAUGGCCGUAUACUACAACGGAGACCACAACAAUGGCGGCCGGAGCGGGUCCAGUUUAGGUGAGAGGAGUGCAGGCCCGCACGCGUCACGAGGCAACAGACCGCUCGACGACUCCGCCCACGCCCGCCCCCCGAGACUGACGUUGAAGACGGACUAUGUGUCCGGGAUUGAAAAGUCCGGACUCAGGAACGCGCUGGACAAGAAGAGCGACGAACUGGCGACCACAGACCGGAAUCGGCUGCCACUGUGCCGCUGGAUUGGCGCCGGAAGACCACCACAACGGUGGAAUAAGCUGAGGAAGGAUCCCGAGCUAUGGGACCCCCAUGGGGAUGUCCUCGUCUUCUUGGGUCAGAGGGGCCAGCCUUCCCUGGAUCCAUCCUUCCGCCUGUCUUCGCACAUCAUCGAAGCCACCGAAUCUCGCUACCUGAUCGCCAUGCUGCGAGAGGGCUCCACCGAAGACGACCUUGACACGCCUUCACCUCUCUCGGGUGCGCCGCCGAUGCUGCAGCGGCAUGGAUCGUCUGGACGGCGGCGACUUGCUCCGGGAGGCUACGGCCAUCGUGGCCAGCCCACCCCGCCUGCCUCGGAGGAUAACAGCUUGUGGAAUGCGGAUGGGCAGAUCUCGUAUGAGCUGCACUUCCCAGCACCCUCGGAUUCGUCAGCCCGCGACCAGGUGCGAUAUCAUAUCACCACCCGCAACGUGUUUGCCCUGCUCUACCAUGCUUCACUGGUUGGCUUCUCGCUCCGACAACAUCGGCUCGAUUCUCCACUACCUCUCCGCUCGGGGCAUUGA